AAUUUCACAUACAAGACCAGGUAUUUCAGAUUAUUGAAAUCAAUAUUAACCAAGUGAGCUCAAACACUAAACUCACAAAACAACCACCAACGAACAAACCGCAACUGAUUAUCUACGAUAAAAAGCCAUCAAUACCUGUUAUUAAAAAUGGCCACCGACGUCGCUGUUGAAACCACCAUGGGCACCUUCACCCUAGAACUCUACACCAACCACGCCCCCAAAACGUGCAAAAACUUUGCCACUCUUGCCGACCGCGGGUACUACGACUCCACCGUCUUCCACCGAAUCAUCAAGGACUUUAUGAUCCAAGGCGGCGACCCCACGGGGACCGGCCGGGGCGGUUCCUCCAUCUACGGCGAGAAAUUCGAAGACGAGAUCCACCCUGGCCUGAAACAUACCGGCGCGGGGGUGUUGAGCAUGGCGAACGCGGGCCCGAAUACCAACGGGAGCCAGUUUUUCAUUACGCUGGCGCCGACGCCUUGGUUGGAUGGGAAGCAUACGAUUUUUGGACGCGUGAAGAAGGGGAUGGGGGUUAUCAGAAGGAUGGGCAUGGUGCCGACUGAUAAGGAGGAUCGGCCGGCGACGGAGGUGAAGAUUGUGAAGGCGAGGGUGGUGAGGGAGGAGGAUAUGGAGGCUUGACGUCGACGGGGGGAGUGAGUGAGGGACUGAGAUCAGGGAUGAAAAGGGGGGGUGAGGAGUUCAAGUGCAUGUGGGCCUGGAGAGCUCGCUGAACUACUUUUUAGUCAAAAUGAGCUGCCGCAUUGUUGCGCUCAUUUACAGUAGUUGGGAUAUACCAAAGGCCCCACGGUCGACCUCAUCUUCUCAGGCAAUUUACAUGCAUUACACAGCUGU